AUGGCGGAGGAAGCGGGCGGGCUGCAGCCGGAGGACUGCCCGGGGACCGGCAGCACCCAAGCGGGCAGGGCCACCGCCUGCCAAGGAUGCCCCAACCAGAGGUUCUGCGCAGCCGGCGCCACGGCCCCGGACCCAGCGGAGGCGGCGGAGCUGCGGGAGCGGCUGCGCGGCGUGAAGCACACGGUCCUGGUGCUCUCCGGCAAGGGCGGCGUGGGGAAGAGCACCUUCAGCGCCCUUCUGGCGCACGGGCUGGCGGCGGAUGAGACCAAGCAGGUUGCUCUGCUGGACAUAGAUAUUUGUGGGCCAUCGAUCCCAAAGAUGAUGGGUCUAGAAGGAGAACAGGUUCAUCAGAGUGGAUCUGGGUGGUCUCCAGUGUAUGUUGAAGAAAACUUGGGUGUCAUGUCAGUGGGGUUCUUGCUUAGUAGUCCUGAUGAUGCUGUCAUCUGGAGAGGACCAAAAAAAAAUGGGCUGAUCAAACAAUUUCUUCGUGACGUGGACUGGGGAGAAAUUGACUACCUGAUUAUAGACACACCUCCAGGAACAUCAGAUGAACAUUUAUCUAUUGUGCAGUACCUCAGUGCAGCACACGUAGAUGGUGCUGUUAUAAUCACUACCCCUCAGGAAGUCUCGCUUCAGGAUGUGCGGAAGGAGAUCAACUUCUGCCACAAAGUGAAACUGCCAGUCAUUGGUGUUGUGGAAAACAUGAGUGGCUUCGUAUGUCCAAAGUGUAAGAAUGAAUCUCAGAUCUUUCCCCCAACUACUGGAGGUGCAGAGAAGAUGUGCCAGAACUUCAGUGUUUCCCUCCUGGGCAGAGUGCCUCUAGAUCCUCAGAUAGGAAAAAGUUGUGACAAAGGGCAGUCUUUCUUGUCUGAAGCACCCGAGUCUCCAGCAACGUUGUCUUACAGGAAUAUCAUUCAAAGAAUUCAGGAAUACUGUGAUCAGCAGCAGUUUCAAGAAGAAAAGAUUAUCUAAUCUAUGAGUGGAGUAAAAGUGUAGCUCUUGUUGAAUUAUAGCAAAGUAACUUAUGCCUUGACUUAAUAA